AUGGCGGACGACCGUGCACAGACUCCGCGCUCAUUUAUGUCGGUGUCGACCUUUCUAUCGUUCACUCCCAAUAUUGCGCCUUCGACAGCCCCAUCAACUCCGUCUUCAACCACCUCUCCUGAUCCGAAUAGCCUGUCACCCCGUAUACGGAAUAUCGGAAUGUCUUCACCUGGCGGUCUGCCGUUCGACGAAUGCGUUUCUGCUACUGGGGGUGGAUUUUUGGGCACCGGAAGGAAGCCGGAUACGUGUACGCUGCGCAGCUGCAACAGGGCGAGAACACUGAGCAAUGUAUCGUGUGUCUCGAAUUCGACUUGGUGGAGCGCCGUCGCAAGUGUCUCCAACGAGCCACUGGACCCGGAGGAGCCCACCGAGAACAAGGAGAGGAGUGAGUCGAAACCGGUGAUCAAGAUUGACGCGUGGGAGGAUGUUAAGGAGCGACGAGAGAGCGUUGUGCCCCCUCCCCGAUCACGGCGCAAUAGCAAUGCGUCUGCCACUCGAUCAUCUAGGCGGAGCUCGAGGAACAAGGAGAACGAACGACCACCGUUAACUCGCACCGACUCCAAGACUCCAAAAAUGGUAUCCCGUCAGAGCACAUCCGCAUCGACAGCAUCGAAUCCAAAAAUGCUCUCCCGUCAGAGCACAUCCGCAUCGACCGCAUCGACCGCCGCUGCCAACAGUAAUCGGCUCGCUCGUGGGCGCCGCCCAUCGACAUCGGCAGAGGUCUCCAUCAUCUCUUCGUCGACGACACUCAAUGCGCGGCCUUCGUCGUCGGGAUCAGGGGUACUCACUCCACCCGCCUCCAGCAGCAAAUCACCGUGGCCGCAGUGGAGCUGGGAUUCGGCGCAGGGAAUCACCGAGGCACGGCGGCAGAAGCGGCUGGAGAUCAAGCAGUCGUUGACGCAUAAAUACCCCAACGACCGUGUGCACGGCGAAUUCCUCCCGUUCAGCACAGGGUUCUCUCACUCGGCGGACUCCCUCUCCCCCGUUCAGUUCCUGCCACCAAGACACACAUCAUCUUCCGGAGGGGAUACCAUGGUCGCCCCGGCCACCCCAUUGGAGCCCACUACGAUCGCAUGGAAGGACCUCGAAUCGCUCAGAGCAGAGUAUGCGGCCGCCGACAAGCGGAAACGGUCGGCGUGGGUGUGGAUCCGGCAGCGUGUUCUGUGCGGCGCGGGAAUCCUGGGAUGCGGUGGGAAGAAGGAGUUCUGGGAAGAUGGAGACGAGGAUCGCGGCAGCAUCAGGCGGUAUCGUCUGGAACUCCCGGACAGGGAUGACGCCGCGGGUGCGGUCAAGGUGCCGGUUAGAGUCCGGAGCGUCGACGUCAAGCCGUCGGAGGGUGGACCGGGGAGCGUUGGAAGGUUAGCACCGAAGCUGCUCUCGCUGGACGGCGUCGAGGAGGAGAAGGUCGGGCAGGAACGGUGGAGCACGGUUGGAAUCUGCGACGGAAAGGGAAUCGAUAUCGCAUUGAGUCUUCCCGAUGGCUUCCGGGAGUCGGAGGCCGCGACGCCAGUGCUGGAUAGCACAGUCAGAGGCGUCGUAUAG